UAAUCAACGGAUAUCAUGCCGAAAUGAAGAGAUCGGCAAGAGAGGCAGAUGCUUUGUUUCAGGGGUGGGUGGACGAACAUCGGCAAAAGAGACUUAAUGGAAGCAUCAGCCCAGAGGAUCAAGACUUCAUUGAUGUGAUGAUGGGUGCACUGGAGGAGACCAGUGGCCAUUAUGGCCGUGACCUUGAUCGUGUCAUCAAGGCGACUUGCUUGAGUAUGAUUCUGGGUGGCAACGACACGACAGUGGCCACUCUGACAUGGGCGCUCACACUACUACUGAACAACCGCCAGGUGCUAAAGAAAGCACAAGAUGAGUUGGACAUCCACGUGGGCAAGCAGCGCCAAGUGAACGAAUCAGAUAUUAAGAACCUUGUGUACUUGCAGGCCAUUGUGAAGGAAACAUUAAGGUUACAUCCUGCCCUGCCCCUGUCCGUGCAUCGCGAAGCCAUGGAGGAUUGCACCAUUGCCGGCUUCAACAUUCCAGCCGGCACACGCCUGCUGGUUAACCUCUGGAAGCUGCAGCGUGACCCAGACAUUUGGUCCAACCCCUUGGAGUUCCGGCCAGAGAGGUUCUGCAUGGACCAAAAAGAUUUUGAUGUUAGGGGUCACCAUUUUGAAUUGAUUCCAUUUGGGGCAGGCCGGAGGAUUUGCCCCGGGAUCACUUUUGCUCUCCAGGUCUUGCACUUGACUCUGGCCAGGCUCCUUCAUGGGUUUGAAUUGGGAACCGUCUCGGACAUGAAGGUUGAUAUGACUGAGAGCCCGGGGCUGACUGUUCCAAAAGCAACUCCAUUGGAGGUGCUCCUCACCCCAAAACUGCCUUCCAUGCUUUAUAACUGUUGAGCAGCAUCCAAAUAGGGCCAAAUUUGUUGUUUCUCUACAGCAUACUAGUACCUGCACAAAGAACUUGAAUAACAGUCUGUCAACAGCUUAUCAUAUCAAGCUUGUAUUCUACCAUGGUCUCAGCUGAAUAAUAGCCCGCUUUUCUUACAUAUUUAGCCUUCCGUUUAGCUUGAUUGUUAAAUUCAAUGUGUUCCCCACCUAGUGGGGAUAAAACUUAUGAUUGUGUUGUUAUUCUAUUUUAAUACAAUGUGUUGUAUAACACGACUUGGGUGAAA